AUGAUCACGCUGUCGACCAAACUUUCGGAUGCGCUGCGCCUGUUCCGGAACGAUCGAAUCUCUGCAUUGCCCGUUGUGGACUCACUGGAAACGAGACGUCUAAUCAACGUGUUCACGAAAUACGAUGUGAUUACGCUUGUUUUGAGUGGCGCUUACAACAACCCCGAUCUGACCAUUGAGAAGUGGCUAGACGAUUGCAAGGGUAAAGAAUCCCCGACCGAUGGACAACUGGGUGCUCCACCAGUAGAAACUUGUCUCGCAACAAACAGCUUACUUUAUGUAGCCGAAAGAUUGGAAAAGACCGGGGUAAGUUCCCGUUUUCGUUACGUUUGCAUCAAUCUGAAUCAGUGGAGCAUUGUCAUGUCACUUUUUGUUGCAGAAUCUGGCUUGCCNUGGCUUGCCUGUUCCACACACAUCUUUGUCUCUCUACGCGCCACUACCAUUUUGUCCAAUCUCGUGCAAUACAUUCAAGUAUUUUCUACCAGACAUGUGCGCAUAUAUCGCAGAGUAUCAGUUGAGGCACCAGUAACCACUAGUCACACAUUCAACAACCGUUCCAUGUAA